CAAAUGGUGAAAAGGUAAAGCAUGGAGUCAAAGGUUCGGCGCGUUUAAAGCCUGACUUUUGUCCGAUUGAUAAGCGCUACAAGCAAACGUCAGUUACUUGUUAGCAUGUACAUGCUAGCAGCUGCUAGCUACAUCUUUGCAUCAUCUCUGUGCCGUUGUUUCUUUCUCAAUCGUUCUUCACUUUGGGAUACGAUGGGACGCAGGAAGUCUAAGAGAAAGCCACCACCCAAAAAGAAGAUGACGGGCAACCUGGACACCCAGUUCACGUGUCCGUUCUGUAACCACGAGAAGUCCUGCGACGUCAAGAUGGAGAGAACUCGGAACACGGGAAUCAUAUCGUGCAGCGUGUGCUUGGAGGAGUUUCAGACUCCUAUAACAUAUCUUUCUGAACCCGUGGACGUUUACAGCGACUGGAUCGACGCCUGCGAAGCGGCCAAUCAGUAGUGGCGUCGACACAACUCACGCCUCCGUCGGAGCCUCGCUCCGGGUUCACUUCACGUAGCCAAAGGUUGUUUUUUUUUUUUUGUUCCUCUGAAGCGUGUCGAAUUCUUUUUAGUUCCACUUUUGUUGACCGAGUCCCAUUCCUCUGGUCGGGUCGGAGUGACGUCCCAUUGUAAAUAUAAACAUGUUUCACGUCUGUACGUAGCCUCCAUUCGUUUUGGGUAAAUGUUUUAUUUUUUCCUGUUUAAUGGACCAAACUGUCUUGGAGAUUUCCCACUGUUAAAAUAUUAUUUUCCCCCCCCCAUUUAAAUAAAUAAUCUGCCAUUUACAUUUUUAUUUAGAUUUUCUAAAGUUCAAUAAUUGUGCUUUACUGUUUUUAUUUUAGUUUUGUUUCCAUAGGACCUGUGUCAGUGAUGCACUGAAAAAAAAAAAAAAAACUUGCCAACUUUUUUAUCCCGGUGGUUUGUACAAUCGUCUGUGUUUUCGCGCCACUGUGAUGCAUUCCACACCUUCAGGUGCUGACGGUGAUUAAAACAAUGAAAUCACA